UUUAUAGUUUGUAGUCAAAAUGACUUAAAAUAUGACAAAUUUUUGUAAACUAUAAAUUGAGUUGUAGAUAAUCCUAUUUAUCAGUAUAAAAAACAAAAUCGAGUAAAUUAAUGGUAAUUUAGGUUUUCAACAUGGCUGGGAUAAAGCAAGUCAGAAACAGAAAGCUACUUCCAGACUUGCGAAAAGAGGGGCAUCUUUCUAAGGAUAUAGUAUUGUCUACCACCGAGAAACAUGGAGUACCAGCAGGCUCAAGGCUUUUUUCACACCACACAUUAGCUAGUGUUAGGAAAUUAAGUUUUUAUCACCCGUUCUCAAUUCCAGAAGACAGUUUGGACAUAAUCCUAGCUGCAACAUAUGACCACUCCUAUGAACAUUUCGCCGAUAAAGAAGAUUUGUACUUGCAACCCGAGACCCGUGGUUGCGAGACUUGGAGGCGCCUCAGAAAUACUGUCGGCAAGCCACCUAAGCCCAAGAUACCUUUAGGCCAUCCCAUGAAGCGCGGCGGCAUCACUGAAAGGAAAUCACCGUUUAGCGUAAAACUAAUGAACUCCGGCGUCCAUUCGUCGCAGACUAAUCCUGGUUAUAGUAGACAACCUGCCGGAGGAGCAAUUUUCUUCUACUAACUUGUGUUUGGUUAUAAUUUUGU